CACUAUUUUAUGACUCUGUCCCUUGUCCAUUCCUUCAUCCCCACCUUUCCAUUCCUUCCACCUUUCCAUUCCCAUGAACCAAUCCAGUCCUCUCCGCGAGUCCUCCAGUGAAGAUGCAAUAACUAAGAAGCGCACCCGGGUCACUCCUGGCCAACUCACCGUUCUCGAAGAAACCUUCAUUGCAACUGCGACACCAGACAACAAGAUGCGCAAACAAUUGGCUCACCAAUUGCAGAUGCCCGAGCGAUCAAUUCAAAUCUGGUUCCAAAACAGAAGAGCAAAGGUAAAAAUGCUUCAAAAACGAGACCUGUUGCGAGAAGAGCAAGAGGCUACCAGAGCACGAAUGUAUGCCAAAGCAUCGUCAUACAAGUCUUCUUGGUAUCCUUCUCUUGGCUACAACCGUCCUCAGGUCAAGAUGCCUAUUCAGCGGGCCUGGAGCACAGAUAACCAGCCUCUCCCACCAUCCAUUCCCAACUUUUACCCUUUCUUGGUCGACGAUAUAUCAACACCAAGUAUGGCACCUUUUGAUACCAUGUCCACCCGCAAUCUCUACUCUAUAUCCCCUUCGCCUUCCCUUUACCCCAUGCACAUAUCCGACAACCGCCAAAGAAGAACAGCAGAUAGUGAACUAUCCAUCCAAAGCCAGCCCAAUAUUUCGGUCAAUUCACCUUCACAUCUCAUUACCGUCAACACCGUAACCGUAGGUAGCUGGCACCGAAUGAAAAUCGACCGCGAAGACCUCCUCUGCCAGUGCGAUUUCCGUGAUCGAACCCUGACAUGGUUUAUCCGAGACAGUGUCUAUAACUUCAAAAUGGUCCUUCCAUUCGAUAUUAUCUCUGUGAUGCGACUAAGUAUUCUCGAAGACAGUAUACUAGCCACAAUUGAUAUCGACCUUAUCGAACCACCGAUGUUUUAUAUGGAGAAUGGCGGUACAGACAUGACAAACGGUGGUUUCAAUUGGAUACAAUGCAGUGAUUUCACAGAGGGUAUACAGGCUACCUGUAUUCUGCGCCAUACCCUUCAAGGCCUGGCAGUUGACCUGAGACGAGAGAUGUUAGCCAUGGCAGGAGCGGAUGAACAACUCUGUCAGAUCAUGCGUUUCCCUACCCAACAAGACCCCCAAAUGUCCCAAUUCGACCAAAUGCUGGCACAAAACUGGAGACACCAAAGUGUACCAGUUCAUGGAUUUCAACCUCUUUAAUUGUUCAUUUUUUUUAUUUACUUCCAUAUUAUUAUUUUUGGAUAUGUUCAUAGUGCAUUUCUUGUUUCUUUUUUCUUAUGUCUGCCCUUCUAUCAUUCACAAUCCCCCUUACUCAUUCUUUAGAACUCCCUCAUCCCAACAUGAAACAUCACGCAACAACUACAGUAUAAAGACAUUUGAAGUCUACAUUAUGUUCAUCUCUGAAAACAAAGACAAAAAAAUACCUUUGAGAGCACACUUUAUAAUGAGUGUUAUGAUUGUCUAGAGAGGUUAAAUAAACACGAGGUUCUGACCUUGCUAUCCUCUUGUUCUUCCUACAAUCUUAUUACUGCUCAAACUGCCGUUUAUUACAACUAUAAUUACAGAGCUUAUUACUCGUACCACCAUCUU